AUGGCUUCGUACGACCCCUACGAGGUCCCUGCACGCGAGCGCACCAAGCGCUACUAUCGCGAGGAGCGGGACGCUCGGGGUACCGAAACCCGUGAUACCUAUCUAAAUGUCACGCCGUCGCGCGACUUGGUCCCACGGCCGCGAGAGGAUAGCGACCUCUCCGUCGAGGAAAUCCGUCGCGAUUUCCCGCCUCCAGGUUACUCUAGCCGAGACGUCCGCCGCGCCCGCUCAGCCGAGCCCGGGUACUACGAUGAAUACGAUCGCUCGUCGCACUACAGCGGCCGCGACCGCGACCGCGACCGCGACUAUGACCGAGACUCGGAACGUCGCUCCUCGCACAAGAAGUCCACUGCCUACUACGAGGAGGAGAAGAAGGCCCGCGUCCUCAGCAAGCAGGAGCAGAUUAUUGCCGCCAUCACCGGCGCUGCCAUCGCCAUCGGCGGCAAGGAGCUCUACGACCGCCGUGAGGCAAACCAGCGUGGUGCCGACGUCCAGCGAAACGUCCUAGCCUCGGCCGCUCUGGGCGCUGCUGGAGCGUUUGCCGGCUACCAAGGAACCGAGCUGUACAACAAGCGCAAGGAAAAGGGCGAGAAGACAACCAAGACGACGACCCAGAUCGCCCACCGCGGUCGUGACGGCAGGCUCGAGUACUAUUCUGAGGAGGAAGAGACAGCUAAGGAGAAGAAGGGUCACAAGAACUUUUUGGAGAGCGCUCUUGCCGCAGCCGGCCUUGGCGGUGCUGUCAAGGCCCUGACUGGAGGCGGCAAGGACAAAGACGACAAGUCGGACACGAGGAGCCGGCGCGGCAGCAGCCGCUCAACCUCCCGCUCCCGCUCGCCCUCGUCCCGCUCAAAGGGUGGCGAGAAAGGAAGCGGGGCCAACAAGAUACAGAAGGCCGCCAUGGCGUCGCUGAUCGCCGGCGCCACUGAAGCCUUCCGCAUCUCUAAAGAGCCCGGCUCCUGGAAGGGCGAGAAGGCGAAGCGCGUUCUUACUGCGGCUGCUGGUGCCGCCACCAUUGAUGCGGCCCAGAAUCCCGACAAGGCCGGUAGCAAGCUCGGCAUAGCCGAGGCCGUCAUUGGCGGCCUGGUCGGCAAUCGCGUCCUCAACGGCUCCAAGAAGAAUAUCGAAGAGGACGAGAAGACGGGCCGGUCUCGGUCUCGAUCUCGCGCCCGCUCCAAGAGUCGCGACGGCAGUAGCGGCGGCGGCGGCGUCAGCGGUCUUGCCGCCCUUGCAACCGCUGGUCUCGGCGCCUUCGGCGCUAAGAAGAUUAUGGACCACCGCGAGCGGUCGAGAUCCCGGCGCCGAAGCGCAGACUCUGGUGACAGCCGGGAUAGGUCACCCGAUCGGCGCCACCGCAGCCGGAGCCGCAGCGUCGUUGACUCGGCCCGCCGAGGCCUGGCCAAGGUGGGCAUCGGCAAUGGACCCGACGACGAUGAUGACCGCCGUGACCGUGACCGCAGUCGUGACCGCAGACGCGAUCAAGACGACUACGACUCGGUGCGGGGAUCACGUAGACACGGUCGGCACCACAGCUCCGACGAUGAAAGCGACCGCGACCACCGACGCGGUGGAGGAAAAGACGACGACGACCGUUCUGCGCGCGGGGGCGGCCGCGAUCGCUCACGACAACGCGGUGACCGCUCAAGGCGAGCGUCACUGUCCGAGUCAGACCUGGGCGAUUCGGACGAAGACAAUAAGCGGCAAAAGAAGAUGAGAGGUAAGCAACUUAUAACCACAGGCCUGGCGGCCGUGGCAACCAUCCAUGCAGCCCAUAGUGUCUACCAGAGCAUGGAGAAACGGAAUCUGAGGCGAAAGGCGGUCAGAGAGGGCCGACUGAGCCCCGAGGAGGCCAAGAAGCUCAAGAAGAAGGCGCUAUUGCAAGAUGCUGCUUCGGUUGGUAUCGCUGCCCUCGGCAUCAAGGGCGCCAUCUCCGAGGUUAAGGAAGCCCGCGAGAUGACGCACGAGAUGCACGAGUGGAAGAUGCGCAAGGCUGAAAGGCACGAGCGGCGUCUUGCAAGGCAGCUGCAGCUCCGCGGCUACAGUAGACGCAGGGCUGACAACUGGUCUCCGGCAGCUCCCCCCAGGGCGGACCGGUCUGACGGCGGACCCCGUUAUUACGAUGGGAAUCCGUACGCCGCACUGCCCGCCCCUCCUGCCGGGCAAUCCGACAGGAGGUGA